AAACUACUUCAUUAUGUCAUCAUGCAACGUUUGAGGUGUAAACAGGCAAGCUAGUUUGGGUUACGACCAUAGACACGACCUCUUGCACAUGGACACGUGUUUGGCCAAUGUUUCCCUAUUAAAGCCGUUAGGGCAGCCUGUGCUACCGAUCUGAGAGGAAACUAAAACCCCUCAGGGGGAUGACUGUGUUCAAGAAAGACGUCGUCGAUGCUGUGGAGUUUUAGGAGGUAGGAAGUUAGCUACGCUAAUCAGCUAACCAAGGUUAGCCAAAGAGCCUAUGGAUCAUUCAAUGCUUAGCAUGGUAUACUAACAGCACAGUAACCAGAUCACGAAUCAUCGACAGUAUGAGUGGCCAAAGCUCUGCUCCUGACAGUGAUGGCAUAACCCCCAUCCAGCAGAUGGCGGCGUCCUGUUCCGGAGCCAUCAUCACAUCUCUGUUAGUCACACCUUUGGAUGUUGUGAAGAUCAGACUGCAAGCACAGAGAAGUCCCUUCCCUAAAGGCAAAUGUUUUGUCUUCUGCAAUGGACUUAUGGACCACAUAUGUGUCUGUGAAAAUGGUAACUCAAAGGCCUGGUACAAAGCACCUGGUCACUUCAGUGGCACCCUGGAUGCCUUCAUCAAGAUAGUGCGCCGCGAAGGAAUCAAAGCAUUAUGGAGCGGCCUGCCUCCAACACUUGUGAUGGCAGUUCCAGCCACAGUGAUCUAUUUCACAUGUUAUGACCAACUGUGUGCAGCAUUGAGGGUGAGGAUGGGAGAUCAUGCUCAGGAGGCCCCCCUCCUAGCAGGAGCUACUGCUAGAGUGGGUUCAGCGACUGUGAUCAGCCCUCUGGAGCUGAUCCGCACUAAGCUUCAGUCUCAGAAACAGUCAUAUCGGGAGCUUACUGACUGCAUCCGUUCUGCAGUAGAAACUGAAGGCUGGCUGUCCCUCUGGAGGGGUUUGGGGCCCACGUUGCUCCGAGACGUGCCCUUCUCUGCCAUGUACUGGUACAACUAUGAGAGGGGCAAAAGCUGGCUGUGUGAAUGGUAUAACAUCACAGAGCCCACAUUUACCAUUACCUUCAUAUCUGGAGCAGGGUCAGGAUCAAUUGCAUCCAUUGUGACGUUACCCUUUGACGUUGUUAAAACGAGAAGGCAGGUGGAGCUCGGGGAACUACAAGCAAAAAAUUUGUCUUGCCAGGUGUCAUCCUCCACUUUCAGUGUGAUGAGCAGGAUUGUGGCACAGGACGGCUUUCGUGGACUGUUUGCAGGUUUCCUCCCCAGGCUGAUCAAAGUGGCCCCCGCCUGUGCCAUCAUGAUCAGCACAUACGAGUUUGGAAAGGCUUUUUUCCGAAAACAUAAUCAGGAAAGAACACUUGGGCUGCUGCAGAGCAGCAACGCAUGAUGGAUCUCUCUCCAAAAACACAUCAGAACUACUGACAGACCACACCUGGAGGGAAAAAAAAGUUAUUUAGCCAAAUUCAAAAAUGAAGGC